AUGACAAAUGAGGGAGAAACCCUUGUCGAUAAUGUAGACAAUGAAAAUGUCGAAGAAGGUAGCCCUGUAGCCCUUCAGGAGGCUUCCAAGAAUCACCUCGUUGUGGAACUCAAAAAGAAGGCUCUUGCUUGCAAACAAGCUGGCGAGACGACAGAGGCUCUUGAACACUUGAAGGACUCAAAAAGGGUUGCCACUGCUAGUACCUUGGAAGAUUUGUUGCCGAACAAAAGCCUACAGUGUUCAUAUUUAAGAUCUUUGGCGGCUCACCUGAAGGCUGACGGUGAUAUUCCAGGUGCUUUGGUUGCGCUGAAACAAGCCAAGGAAAUUGAAUUUGAGCAGCAGCAAGAAGAGGCACAAGCCACAGAAAAAGACGCUGGUUGGAGAGAAAUGGACGAGGAACAAUUGCUGUCUCAAGAACCACCACCAGCGAUUGUCUUUUCAGACGAAGAAAUGAUAGAUCAUGAGACCAUGACCGAAAUGCAAAUGGUCGGAAUGGAUGUUCCUUCUCAAGAGGCCUAUCAAGCACGGAUAUUGGAACAUAAGAAAAAGGCGUUGGCCCUGAAGCAGCAGAAUGAUGUUACUGGAGCUACGGCGGCCUUACGAAUAGCCAAGCAAUUGAACCAUGCGAUGAAAGUGUUGUUGGGUGGGAGUUCGGUCACUGACGACUUUGAUGGCUGGGGAGAUAACUUGACCGCAGAAGAGAGUGCUCUACUCGGCGAACUUGUGGGAUCUAGUGACAUUGAUGUACCAUUAGAACUGGAUAUGGACGAUGAGCAUGGAGACGAUGCGGCUGAUCUCAGUAUGAAACAAAAGAUGAACUGGCAGGAUUUGGAAACCAUGGAAGACUCUGAUAUAUCCGAGUUCUUGGAAAUGGGUAUCGUUGACCUACCGAGUGUCGCGAAUCUUUUGGAAUUGGUAGAGACUUGCCAAAAGGAAGCAUUGGGGUUCAAACAAAAUGGAAACAUUGCAAUGGCCAAGGCCAAACUCGUGGAGUCGAAAAAGAUCAAACUUCUAGCUUCACGAUUAGAGAAGAUUUGCACCAAAGCCGGUCCUGAUGAUGGUGGUGCUGUAAUAACGGACGAAGAUUUGGAAAACUUAAUGGCUUCUGCUGAUGGUGCAGCUUCCUACCUAAAGACUGCGACCUCCGGCAAACCAAAGCCUGAUGCAAAAGCCAAGGAUGCCAAUCCAUGGAUGCUCAGACCAUCCGUCGAUAUCAAAGCGGAGGUACUUCGAUUGAAGGAUGCGAAGAAGGUCAAAGAGGCGACCACCUUGUUGCAAAUACUCAAACAGGUAUUGCAGAAGGAAAAUGAUGCCAAAGAGGCAGCCAAGAAGCAAGCAAUGAUAGACAGGAUUCAGAGAGAGAUUGAUCUUUGUCUCGGACAGCUUCAGCUGUAUUCGUUCUAUGAGGCAUUCGUGGACAAGGCAACAGGAUCGGCGCAGUCCGCACUCUGGAAAGAGUACUUGGGACAAUGUCGGAACGCAAUUCAAAUAGUCGAAAAGGAAGGUUCUGGUGCAAUCCAAUUGGCACAUCCAAAGGCUUCUGGACUUGUGGCCAUUCAAUCGAGUAGCCAAAGUGCUGGCGAUGUCAAGAUGGACAAUCAACAGUUUGUAUCGCUCAUGAUUGAACAAGGAACUUCUGUCGAUUCUCUGGAAGGCAAGAUGGAGGCGGCAAUUGUUGAAGCCUUUCGACUGGAGGACAAUAAGACGAUUCAGAAACUCAUCAAGAAGAAGCGAAAGGAGCAAGGGAUCAAGGAGGACGGGCUGCAGGUUGCGGAAGUCGAAACUGAAGUCUAUAGAAAGAUUCAAGUCGACGGAAAGGUACAAUUGCCUCCUGUAGAGGAUGCCGAGGCACCAUCUACAAAGGAUGAAUCUCAGAAUGGCAUUGCCUCUCCACAAUGGACCACGUUCUCCUUUCCGCCGUUGACGGAAUCGACGGACGCAGAUAUCAUCACUGAUGAGGCCGAUGCUCAGAAGAAAGCUGUCGCAAGUGUCAACUCAACAAUCCAUUUCCUUGGAUCGUCACACAAAGUUUGGCUUCCUCGUGGUGAUACAACGAAGGAACGGUCACUGAUACGGCGUAUGCAACGAAAGAAGGUGGAAUUCCACUUGAACUAUAAUCCAAAUAUUAUAGAGAAAGCCCAGGAAAAGUCGUCAUGGUUUUGGAAAACGGAAACGAAGGAACCAUCCGCCGACCUGCCCAUUUCUCAUCUUGGAAAAGUUGUGCUUGAGUUGAAGCAUCUUUUGAACCGGAACUGCAUUGCCGGUGACUUUCCUUUGGUGGUGAACAACAAGCCCGUCGGAGGCUUUCUUCGGCUCUGCUUGCGUACAGAUGCACCAUUGGAUCCAACACAAUUUGAACCACUAGACGGCAGUAGUGAGAUUACGAAGAUUCAAGCCCAUACCAAACAACUCACUUUUUCCAGUCCUUCGGCAGCAGAAAUCUGA